UCGGUUGGCCUAGACAGCGCGCUCUGAGGACUUUUCCAAUAUGCUCUGUGCUCAUUGUGUCGAUAGAGUUGCUCGUGGAAGGACGACAACGACGGCGGUGUCUCCAGGCUUUUGAAUUUCGGUUCGGUCCGCGCCAAAGGAUAUACAGAGACUCACACCAAUAUAGCACAGAGCAUAACUACCGCCCACCACCCCUCGAAUACAUAGGCGCAGUGAAAAAUUCUAUACGUUUGCUGUGUCUGUGUGCGUGUCUCGCGUCGCGUGUUACGGUGCAUGUGUGUGCGCGUGUGUGCGAAAUGGGCACAGCGAAAAUGAUUUAAAUAAAUUUGGAAAAGUCCAUUAAGAGAGCCAAUACAAAAUUCUUUGCUUCCCCAUAAAUCUGAAUAAAGGAAAUUCAACAAAGGAUAUACAACACAAGCGAAAAGGAAUAAAAUAUAUGUAUAAGAUAUAUCCAAGUGUGUGUGCCAGUGCAAAAGUGUUGAUGGAAACUAAAACCAAAUAAUACGUGAAACUAACCGGGUAUUGAGUCCCGAAAGAGAUUAUAGUUGUAAAAACACAAGCACUCGAUAAAAUCAAUAACUGGGAUUAGAAGCUGAAGUUUAUAACAAAGCGUAACGGCAAAGGAAAUUGGAAAAAACGCAAAUAACUUAAAUUUGCGCCUCCCACGGGAAAACAAACAAAAAUGUAUUGAUCAGCAGCGGAAAAGGUAGACUGGACAAAGGAAUUUACCCAUGAAUAAGUCAAGUGUUAAUAGUAAAGUCAAUAAUUGAAGAGGGAGCAUUUUGAAACGGGCCAGUCACAGAAAAGGUGUUGAUACCAAACAGGAUCAGAAAGUGCCGCGGCAAAAUGGCGGCACGACGUUGCCUGAAUCAGCUCAGGCAACGUUAUAUAACCAACCGAUUUAAUAUAUGCACCUGCGCGAUAUUUUUAAUAUCCCUCCCCUUGAUAUUGGCCAUAGAGGAGACCACAUUUGCUGGUCUUUCGGCGGAAAAUGCGGCCCGCAUGCUGGCCGGCAGUCCCGGGGACGUGGAAAAGUCCUCGUCGUCGCAUCACAGCGAAAUGUCCUUGGUCCUGCCACACGACACCUAUCCUGGAUUCAGCAUCAAGAAGUUCAAAACCCAUCCUGUGAAGAUCAACGGUAGCUCGCACUCUGGUGCAGCUGCCUAUCACAUGUUGGACACUGACUACUCCAAGUACUUCACCGUUCUGGAAGAUGGCGUGGUGAUGACCACGGCGGAUAUUUCCCCCCUUGUCAAUCGUCCGGUUCAGUUGGUGGUUGUGGAACAAACGCCCAAUGCCACCAAUACCCACAAUCUGCAGCUGUUUGUGAUGCACCGCAAUGAUAUGCUGCGAUUUUCGGGUUCCCUACUCGAUGCCAGCGGCGAAGUUAGGGAGAAUCAACCGGCGGGCACCAGGGUGAGAGGAGUGCCCCUGAUGCAGGCCUUCAGCGGUUCCAUCCUGGACGAGGAACUGGCCACCCCCAAGAAGGUGCGGUACACCAUUAUCGACGGCAACGUGGACGAUGCGUUCGCCCUGCAGGAACGCAAGGCCAACAAGAACAUACAGAUAAGUGCCAAGUCCUUGGUAAUUAAUGGCGAUGACGAGUCCGGCGUUUGGCUGGUCACCAAUCGUCCGCUGGAUCGAGAGGAACGGGCUCACUAUGAUCUCUCCGUGGAAGCCUCAGAUGUCGAUGGCUUGGACAAGACUGUUUCCAAAAUACAAAUCUCCGUGCUGGAUGAAAACGACAACAGGCCGAUUUUCAAGUCGCUGGACUACAAGUUCGCCAUCGCUGGCCAGAAAUCUGCAAGCAUGGAGAGCAAUAGUAGUGUGACAUACCAGCGAUUUGCCAUCAUGGGAAAAGUCGAGGCCACCGAUGCUGAUGGUGACAAGAUCGCCUAUCGGCUGAAGUCGCCCAGUAAUGUUGUCAUCAUUGUGCCUCAAACUGGCGAAAUAAUGCUGGCUGGAGAGCCCACUUCAAAUGAACUUCUUAUCGAGGUGAUAGCCCACGAUCUGCGGUAUCCCAGUUUGCUGAGCGCAAAGCCCGCGAAGGUUCUAUUAGAGUUCUUGGCCGCCGAACCCGUUUCGUUUAUAAUGCAGCACCUGGAACACGAUGAGAUCAACAAUCACUCACAUCACCGAGAGAAAAGACGUGUUACUCGAGCGGUGCGACCCACCAAGAGGAUUGAGUUCACCGAAGCUGAUGGCGACACUGAGGGAAAAUCGGUGUUCCAGCUGGAAAAGGAAACCGAUAAGGAAACAUUCAAGAUCCGCGAUGACAAUCCCUGGGUGACGGUGGAAACAAACGGCGCUGUGCGAGUGAAGAAGAAGUGGGACUACGAGGAGCUGGGACCAGAGAAGACCAUCGAUUUCUGGGUCAUCAUCACCAAUAUGGGACACAAUGCUGGCAUCAAGUAUACGGACAACCAGCGUGUGAUAAUCCUGGUGAAGGAUGUGAACGACGAGCCCCCCUACUUCAUCAACCGACCACUGCCCAUGCAGGCGGUGGUUCAGCUGAAUGCACCACCCAAUACUCCAGUGUUUACGCUUCAGGCCCGAGAUCCCGAUACGGAUCACAACAUCCACUACUUCAUCGUUCGCGAUCGGACUGGCGGACGCUUCGAGGUGGACGAGCGUUCCGGAGUUGUGAGGACCAGGGGCACUGAUCUCUUCCAACUGGACAUGGAAUACGUGCUGUACGUGAAGGCCGAGGACCAGAACGGCAAGGUCGACGAUCGCAGGUUCCAGAGUACUCCCGAGGAGCGGCUUUCCAUCGUGGGCGGCAAACGAGCCCCCCAGUUCUACAUGCCCAGCUACGAGGCCGAGAUCCCAGAAAACCAGAAAAAGGACUCAGACAUCAUUUCGAUUAAGGCCAAGUCGUUCGCAGACCGCGAAAUUCGCUAUACUUUGAAGGCCCAGGGCCAGGGAGCCGGCACCUUCAACAUCGGACCCACGUCGGGCAUUGUCAAGUUGGCCAAGGAGUUGGACUUUGAGGAUCUGCGACAGCCGCACGUGUACUCGCUGAUUGUGACAGCCACCGAGGACUCCGGAGGAUUUUCCACCUCGGUCGAUCUCACCAUUCGCGUUACGGAUGUGAACGAUAAUGCGCCGAAGUUCGAGCUGCCGGACUACCAGGCUCACAAUGUGGACGAGGACAUUCCGCUGGGAACAAGCAUACUUCGCGUCAAAGCCAUGGACUCCGACUCCGGGUCGAAUGCCGAAAUCGAAUAUUUAGUAUCCGAUGAUCACUUCGCCGUGGACUCCAACGGAAUCAUCGUGAACAACAAGCAACUGGAUGCGGAUAACAACAAUGCCUACUAUGAGUUCAUAGUCACUGCCAAGGACAAGGGUGAACCGCCCAAGUCGGGAGUGGCUACAGUUCGAGUGUACACCAAAAACAAGAACGAUGAGGAGCCCAAGUUCUCCCAGCAAGUGUAUACCCCCAAUGUAGAUGAGAAUGCAGGACCCAACACUCUAGUUACCACUGUGGUAGCCUCCGACAAGGACGGUGACAACGUGCGGUUCGGAUUCGUGGGCGGCGGCACUUCGUCGGGCCAGUUUGUCAUCGAGGACAUAACCGGUGUGAUCCGACUGCACAAUAAGGCCAUAUCCCUGGACAAGGACAAGUACGAGUUGAACGUCACCGCCAUGGACGACGGAUCUUGUUGUGUGAAUGGAGACCAAACUAUCCACACCUCGACUGCCGUGGUCGUGGUAUUCAUCACCGAUGUCAAUGAUAAUAAGCCAGUGUUCAAGGACUGCAGCACCUAUUACCCGAAGGUCGAGGAAGGAGCUCCUAAUGGAAGUCCUGUCAUCAAGGUUGUGGCCACCGAUGAGGACAAGGGUGUGAAUGGACAGGUGAAAUACUCAAUAGUUCAGCAGCCGAAUCAGAAGGGCACAAAGUUCACGGUGGACGAGGAGACCGGAGAGGUGUCCACCAAUAAGGUAUUCGAUCGCGAGGGAGAUGACGGCAAGUUUGUAUCCGUCACAGUUAAGGCCACCGAUCAGGGCGAUCCCAGUCUGGAGGGUGUCUGCUCCUUCACCGUGGAAAUCACUGAUGUCAACGAUAAUCCUCCGCUGUUCGAUCGACAGAAAUACGUGGAGAAUGUCAAGCAGGAUGCCAGCAUAGGCACGAAUAUCCUCCGUGUCUCCGCCUCCGAUGAAGAUGCCGAUAAUAAUGGAGCUAUAGUAUACAGCCUGACUGCUCCCUUCAAUCCCAACGAUCUGGAAUACUUUGAGAUUCAGGCUGAAUCCGGUUGGAUUGUGCUGAAGAAGCCGCUUGACGGUUGUUAUCCACGUGACCGAUAUCGAUUGAGGGUUAGUGCCUCUGAUAAGGGCACUCCCGCCUCGGCAGCCGAUGUCGAUGUUGAGUUAGAUGUCGUCGAUCGGAAUAAUAAGCCACCCAUUUGGGAUAAGAGCAUUUACGGGCCGAUUCACAUACGCGAGAAUGUCACUGUGGGUACGGUUGUAACAUCGGUUAAGGCAAGUUCGGGUAUUGAAGGCAACCCCACAGUUUUUUAUCGACUGAUGCCCGGGUCGACGGCCCAAACGAACAAGUUUCACACGUUUUACUUGCAACAAAGACCGGACAAUGGCGAUACUUGGGCUGAUAUAAAAGUUAAUCAUCCGCUGGACUACGAGAGCAUCAAGGAGUACAAUUUAACCAUACGUGUUGAGAACAACGGGGCCCAACAAUUGGCUUCGGAAGCGACCGUUUACAUAAUGCUCGAGGACGUUAAUGAUGAAAUACCUUUAUUCACCGAACGCGAACAGGAAACGGUGCUCGAGGGCGAACCGAUUGGCACCAAAGUGACACAAGUGAACGCCAUCGACAAGGAUGGCACAUUCCCAAAUAAUCAGGUCUACUACUACAUUGUGGAUUCCCCGCGAAACGAGGGCAAGGAAUUCUUCGAGAUCAACCUGCAGAGUGGGGAAAUCUUCACCAAAACCGUCUUCGACAGAGAGAAGAAAGGCGCCUAUGCCCUCGAAGUGGAGGCUCGGGAUGGAGCCCCCUCGGCUCGACCCAACAGCAAUGGACCCAAUUCAGUCACCAAAUUCAUACGCAUUGGCAUCGCCGAUAAAAACGAUAACCCGCCCUAUUUCGACAAAUCGCUGUACGAGGCCGAAGUGGACGAGAACGAGGACAUUCAACACACAGUGCUCACUGUAACGGCCAAGGAUCACGACGAGUCCUCACGUAUCCGCUAUGAAAUUACAAGCGGCAACAUUGGCGGCGCUUUUGCGGUUAAAAAUAUGACGGGUGCCAUUUAUGUAGCUGGCGCUUUAGAUUACGAAACUCGACGCCGGUAUGAACUUCGCUUGGCCGCCUCCGACAAUUUGAAGGAGAACUACACCACCGUGAUUAUCCAUGUCAAGGAUGUUAACGAUAAUCCCCCCGUUUUUGAGCGACCCACCUAUCGCACCCAGAUCACCGAAGAGGACGAUCGUAAUUUGCCCAAACGCGUCUUGCAGGUUACGGCCACAGAUGGCGACAAGGAUCGUCCCCAGAACAUCGUGUACUUCCUCACGGGCCAGGGCAUUGAUCCGGAUAAUCCAGCCAAUAGCAAAUUCGACAUCAACCGCACCACCGGCGAAAUAUUCGUACUAAAGCCUCUGGAUCGCGAUCAACCCAAUGGACGCCCCCAGUGGCGUUUCACUGUAUUCGCCCAGGACGAGGGCGGCGAGGGACUCGUGGGUUAUGCGGAUGUCCAGGUCAAUCUGAAGGACAUCAACGACAAUGCGCCCAUUUUCCCGCAGGGCGUAUACUUUGGCAACGUGACUGAGAACGGCACCGCCGGCAUGGUGGUGAUGACCAUGACUGCCGUGGACUACGACGAUCCCAAUGAGGGCUCCAAUGCCCGGCUGGUGUACUCCAUCGAGAAGAACGUGAUUGAGGAGGAGACGGGGUCCCCCAUUUUUGAAAUCGAGCCCGAUACGGGUGUGAUAAAGACCGCCGUUUGCUGUCUGGAUCGCGAGCGGACUCCGGACUAUUCGAUACAAGUCGUGGCGAUGGAUGGCGGGGGGUUGAAGGGGACGGGGACGGCCUCCAUACGGGUUAAGGAUAUCAACGACAUGCCGCCGCAGUUUACGAAGGACGAAUGGUUUACGGAAGUGGACGAAACGGAUGGCACGGCCCUGCCGGAAAUGCCCAUUUUAACCGUGACCGUGCACGAUGAAGACGAGACGAACAAGUUCCAGUACAAGGUUAUCGACAACAGUGGCUAUGGCGCCGACAAGUUCACCAUGGUGCGGAAUAACGAUGGCACUGGCUCGCUGAAAAUCGUGCAGCCCCUGGACUACGAGGAUCAGCUGCAGAGCAAUGGCUUCCGCUUCCGCAUCCAAGUGAACGAUAAGGGCGAGGACAACGACAAUGACAAGUACCACGUGGCCUACUCGUGGGUGGUGGUCAAAUUGCGGGACAUCAACGACAAUAAGCCGCAUUUCGAGCGGGCCAACGUGGAGGUGUCUGUAUUUGAGGACACCAAAGUUGGCACCGAGCUCGAGAAGUUCAAGGCCACCGAUCCGGAUCAGGGCGGCAAGAGCAAGGUGUCCUACUCCAUCGAUCGCUCCUCGGACCGUCAGCGGCAGUUUGCCAUUAACCAGAAUGGUUCCGUUACCAUUCAGCGUUCCCUGGACCGCGAAGUUGUUCCUCGUCAUCAAGUCAAGAUCCUGGCCAUCGACGAUGGUUCUCCGCCGAAAACCGCCACUGCCACCCUUACAGUCAUCGUCCAGGACAUCAACGAUAAUGCUCCCAAGUUCCUCAAGGAUUACAGACCGGUUCUGCCCGAGCAUGUGCCUCCACGCAAAGUGGUGGAGAUCCUGGCCACCGACGAUGACGAUCGCUCCAAGAGCAAUGGCCCGCCCUUCCAGUUCCGUUUGGACCCCAGUGCAGAUGACAUCAUCCGCGCUUCCUUCAAGGUGGAACAAGAUCAAAAGGGCGCCAACGGUGAUGGCAUGGCCGUGAUAUCCUCGCUGAGGUCCUUCGAUCGCGAGCAGCAAAAGGAGUAUAUGAUCCCGAUUGUGAUCAAGGAUCAUGGCUCACCAGCGAUGACCGGAACCAGCACUUUAACCGUCAUAAUUGGCGAUGUGAAUGACAACAAAAUGCAGCCUGGAUCCAAGGACAUCUUCGUUUACAACUACCAAGGACAGUCGCCAGACACUCCGAUUGGGCGGGUCUAUGUCUACGAUUUGGACGAUUGGGAUCUGCCCGACAAGAAGUUCUACUGGGAGGCCAUGGAGCAUCCCCGGUUCAAGUUGGAUGAAGAUUCCGGCAUGGUAACCAUGCGAGCAGGAACCCGCGAAGGCCGUUAUCAUCUCAGGUUCAAGGUCUACGAUCGGAAGCACACUCAAACCGAUAUACCCGCCAACGUUACGGUUACAGUGAGAGAAAUUCCCCAUGAAGCUGUUGUCAACUCGGGUUCCGUGCGCCUAUCAGGCAUUUCAGACGAGGACUUCAUUCGAGUCUGGAACUACAGAACCCAAAGCAUGAGCCGCUCCAAGAUGGAUCGCUUCAGGGAUAAGCUGGCUGACCUGCUGAACACUGAGCGAGAAAAUGUGGACAUAUUCAGUGUGCAAUUGAAGCGGAAACAUCCGCCCCUAACGGACGUUAGGUUCUCCGCCCAUGGAUCUCCUUACUACAAGCCAGUUAGGCUAAACGGAAUCGUACUGAUGCACCGCGAGGAGAUCGAGAAAGAUGUGGGCAUCAACAUCACCAUGGUGGGCAUCGAUGAGUGUCUGUAUGAGAACCAAAUGUGCGAGGGCAGCUGCACAAACUCCCUGGAAAUCAGUCCGCUGCCCUACAUGGUGAAUGCCAACAAAACCGCCUUGGUCGGAGUUCGCGUGGACACCAUUGCUGACUGUACUUGUGGAGCACGCAACUUCACCAAGCCCGAAUCCUGCCGAACCACGCCCUGUCACAACGGUGGUCGUUGUGUGGACACCAGAUUUGGUCCUCACUGCUCGUGUCCCGUGGGAUACACGGGACCCAGGUGUCAGCAAACCACGCGCAGUUUCCGUGGAAACGGUUGGGCCUGGUAUCCUCCGCUGGAAAUGUGCGACGAGUCGCAUUUAAGUCUGGAGUUUAUUACCCGAAAGCCUGACGGCCUAAUUAUCUACAACGGUCCGAUUGUUCCUCCAGAACGGGAUGAGACGCUCAUCUCCGACUUUAUUGCCCUGGAAUUGGAACGAGGUUAUCCCAGACUGCUUAUCGAUUUUGGCUCGGGAACUUUGGAGCUGAGAGUGAAGACGAAGAAGACUUUGGACGACGGCGAAUGGCACAGAAUCGAUCUGUUUUGGGAUACCGAAAGCAUUCGCAUGGUGGUCGACUUUUGCAAAUCAGCAGAGAUUGCAGAAAUGGAGGAUGGCACGCCGCCAGAAUUCGAUGACAUGUCCUGCCAGGCAAGAGGACAAAUACCGCCCUUUAAUGAGUACCUCAAUGUAAAUGCUCCUCUGCAAGUGGGUGGCCUGUAUCGGGAGCAGUUUGAUCAGAGUCUGUACUUCUGGCACUAUAUGCCCACGGCCAAGGGAUUCGAUGGUUGCAUCAGGAAUUUGGUGCACAACUCAAAGCUCUAUGACCUGGCCCAUCCCGGACUUUCGAGGAACAGCGUCGCGGGUUGUCCUCAAACCGAGGAAGUGUGUGCUCAAACGGAGACCACAGCCCGGUGCUGGGAGCACGGCAACUGUGUUGGCUCCUUGUCCGAAGCUCGUUGCCAUUGCCGACCGGGUUGGACAGGUCCUGCCUGUAAUAUACCUACCAUACCGACUACCUUCAAGGCGCAGAGCUAUGUCAAAUAUGCUCUGAGUUUCGAGCCCGAUCGAUUCAGCACGCAGGUCCAGCUGAGAUUCCGGACCAGAGAGGAGUACGGCGAACUUUUCCGGGUGAGCGAUCAGCACAACCGGGAGUAUGGAAUCCUGGAGAUCAAGGAUGGGCAUCUGCACUUCCGCUACAAUCUGAACUCACUGCGCACUGAGGAAAAGGACCUCUGGCUAAAUGCCAUAGUCGUAAACGAUGGCCAAUGGCAUGUGGUGAAGGUAAACCGAUAUGGCUCGGCUGCUACCCUGGAAUUGGACGGUGGAGAGGGUCGUCGUUAUAACGAGACCUUUGAGUUCGUGGGGCACCAGUGGCUAUUGGUGGACAAGCAAGAGGGUGUCUAUGCGGGCGGAAAAGCUGAAUACACUGGAGUGCGGACUUUUGAAGUAUACGCUGAUUACCAGAAGAGCUGCCUCGAUGAUAUACGUCUGGAGGGUAAGCACCUUCCAUUGCCACCGGCGAUGAACGGUACCCAGUGGGGACAGGCCACCAUGGCCAGGAAUCUAGAGAAGGGUUGUCCCUCGAAUAAGCCCUGCUCCAACGUGAUCUGCCCCGAUCCGUUCGAGUGCGUGGAUCUGUGGAAUGUCUACGAGUGCACUUGCGGCGAAGGACGCAUUAUGUCGCCAGAUUCCAAGGGCUGCAUGGAUCGCAACGAAUGCCUCGAUAUGCCCUGCAUGAACGGUGCCACUUGCAUCAAUCUCGAGCCGCGCCUCCGAUAUCGUUGCAUAUGUCCAGAUGGAUUUUGGGGCGAGAAUUGCGAACUGGUGCAGGAGGGGCAGACCUUAAAGCUCAGCAUGGGCGCCCUGGCGGCGAUUUUGGUCUGCCUUUUGAUCAUACUGAUACUCGUCCUGGUGUUCGUCGUAUACAAUCGCCGCCGUGAAGCGCACAUCAAAUAUCCGGGUCCCGAUGACGAUGUGCGCGAGAAUAUCAUCAACUAUGACGACGAGGGAGGCGGCGAGGAUGAUAUGACGGCCUUUGAUAUCACACCUCUGCAGAUACCGAUUGGAGGGCCAAUGCCACCUGAGCUGGCGCCCAUGAAAAUGCCAAUUAUGUAUCCCGUCAUGACCUUAAUGCCAGGUCAGGAGCCCAAUGUGGGCAUGUUCAUCGAGGAGCAUAAAAAGCGAGCCGAUGGUGAUCCGAAUGCGCCACCUUUCGACGACUUGCGGAACUACGCGUACGAGGGCGGCGGCAGCACAGCUGGAUCGCUCAGCUCGCUGGCUUCAGGAACUGACGACGAGCAGCAGGAGUACGACUACCUCGGGGCCUGGGGGCCACGCUUCGACAAGCUGGCCAACAUGUACGGACCCGAGGCGCCCAAUCCCCACAAUACCGAACUAGAAUUGUAAGCUGGAGAGGCGAGGAGCGGCGAGAUGUAGAGUGGGGAGAAGGGAGAGACCGAAUCCAUGUCCGAUGCGGAUACCUAGAUGAACAAACUAAAACUGUUAGUAGAUACAAAGUUGCAUUUAAAACGAAAUGAAGCCCCGCUCCCGAGGGAAACUCACACACACAAAGAAAGCGCAACCAAAGAAGCAUCUCAAUGCUGAAGUUGGCAGAACUCUCUACGUAAAUGGAAACUAAGAACUAGAAAACUAAAUAGGGGAGGGGAGUGAAAGUGAAAGUGAAAUCAAACACAUAUUAUGACACGUAAAAUGGCAUUUGUAAAAAUAUUUCAUCAGCAUUUAAAUUUAAAUAAUUACGAUAAUGAGAUUUAGUUAUUAGGGCAACCGGUGGGCCGAAAACGGCAGCGGUUGCACUUUUUCCAGCAUUUUUUGCGGGGCAAGUUAUGAACGAAAUAAAACUAAAAAUUGAGUAAAGGGAUUUGUAUGAUGUUGGAGAGAGCAUACCAAAGUUUAGUUUAGGAGCGCUUAUGAAUUUAUAACUUUAAUUCUCAAACAGAUUUAUUGUGCAUAUUAUUUUAAGUUGUAAUUAUUAUUUUAGGCAUUCUCUGUUUAUAAUUUUUGUGACGCACGUGAGAGUCAUUUAGCGGUUAAGCCAGAACAAUUCUCAACGCCUUUAAUUUAUCGAUAGUUUAAGUUAAACCAUUAUUAUUUCGCAUUACUUUUUAGGGAUUACGAUUAAACAGAAUUAAAACUUAUAUAAAGGA